UGUGGGAAAGGAUAUGCUGAAGUAAGACCUCAUGCGUGGAAUGGAAUCCUGGCCCCAAACCCUGUUUCAGAAGUCCAGGGACAGAAUUUCGCGCCAAGCUGGCGGGCUAUCCCCGGCAGUGUGACGUGCUAGCUCGGAAGUGUUUUCUGCCACCGUCAUGGUUCGUCUGCUAAACUGCAUUGUCGCUGUGUCCCAGAACAUGGGCAUCGGCAAGAAUGGGGACCUGCCCUGGCCCCUGCUCAGCCCCAGCCCUGGGGAACCAGAGAACCGCUGCCACCCUAGCCCAACCAGUCCAGAAAAGUCACCUCAGAUGUCACCACAGCCUGGAGAAAGCCAAGGACUAACCCUCCCAAGCAGCCCCCAGGAGUUGAGGUUUCCAGAUCUCACGUGGUGGUAACACCUGAGGAGUCAGCAUCAGCGGCACUGAGGCCAUGACUGUAUCCCAGAGUCCUCUCCCAGAAGGUUCCAGAGCUGUGCACUUCUUCCCAGAUACCAGUGAAUAUCCUCAUUUACCUCAAGUCCACACAGGCAGAGGGGGACGUGACCCCUGGUGGGCAGGGGGAGAGCCGGGCACAUGGCAGUGAAGCCAGCCCGGAGCCUGCAGUUAGCCCUUUUAGUGCCAGACUCCCUGUAUCCCUGGGCAAGUCCCUGGCCACUUCUAGCCCCAUCUUCCCAUCGUCACAAUGGGCAAGGGCCAUCCCAGCCCCAAGCAAGGGUCUGGAGCCCGUGCCUAGGUGCUAGGGAGGGGCUUAUGUCUGCACGGCUCUCAGGCCAGGCACAGGAACCAUCUUCCAGACGCUCCUGGGCUGCCCACCU